AUGCUCACAUACGUCGCUCUACUGCAGGCAAACGCGUCUGCAAAACGGACAGCGGCUCAGAAUGAAGCAGCGUUGCGAAAUCUCAACAUUUGGAUGGUGCUCGCCCCGCUCAUCUCCAUUUUAAUCCGCUUCUUAUUCAGGUCGUCUGUUAUCCCCCCACGCACGUCGAGCGUCAUCCAUGGCCUCACUUUUGUCCCCCUCUUCGUUCUCUACUCGCACUUGACCUCUAUUGGCUCUCCACGACGUGAUCCAACGACCCAGGCACUCAUUGGAAGCGGCGAGGACCUGAAUAUGCCCGGAGUCACGGAAUGGUGUUGGGAUAUUAUUUAUGUCACCUGGGCUUGCCAGGUUGGAAGCGCAGCGUUGGGUGAAUGGUUCUGGUGGCUCUAUCUAUGCAUUCCCCUCUUUGCACUGUGGAAGAUCUAUUCGAUAUUCCUCAAGCCAUAUUUCUUCUCAGGAUCAAAGGAAGAGGCCACAGAUGACGACCAAGGAGCUGCAAGCAUGAGCAAACGACAGCAAAAAUUAAAGAAACGGAGCGAGAAGGGUGACCCUCGAUGCUCGCAUCUUCGACGUCGCUUGCGAAUUACCCUUCCUUGGAGCCGACUUCAUACCCCUGAGUUAAGGAUGGCAGAUUCUGGCAGCAAUGAUCAACUAAAUCCUCCACCAGAGCUCCAAGCUCAGAUACUAAACGCCUUUGCGGCGUCUUCGCGGCGGGUCAGGCCCAUUGGCUCGUUGCUCGAUUCGUUUCAGAAUGAUAGUGAUGUUCUCGAUGCAAAUUUCAAGAACAUCCACGAUCUUCUAUGCCCAAAAGUGGGCUGCGGCAGUCUCAUACUUCUCAAGGGAGUGGCGUCGCAGCGCGAGGAAGCAACCAUUGACCCCAUUGAUUCUCCUGUUCACCCGCGACCAGCGUCAUUGCCGGCGCUAGAUUCGAACGUUCCAACCAAAUGGUGGUACAUUCAAGGCAGUCCAAUGUCGUUUGAGAAUAUUGGAUUCACUAAAGACGUAGGAAAUACAGGGAAGAAACUCCUGAUCUGCUCGGAAUGCGAUCUAGGUCCCCUUGGAUGGGCACAAGGAAACGAGUAUUGGUUGGCCGUCGAUCGCGUCGCAUAUAAAGCUUGA